CUAGUUAUUAAUUUUUGCCAAAACAUGAAGUUAGAGAAUUGGAGAAAAUGGAAAGAAAACGAAAUGAAGCUGUUUAAUAUUUCAGACAAACAGUCCUCCUUGGAAAAGUGGUAGAAUCGCAGCAUUGAGGAAAGUGGAUAACGUUCUUCUUCUUGCUGGUUGACGGCGCCCAACAUCAACUAACUUCUGUUUUCCUUCCUCAAAAUGGCUGCUUCAUUUUCCCUUCAUCACCUCACCCACUGCUUCCUCUCCAGCUCCCGGAGCAAGGUUUUGUCCAAUGGAUGGUCACGGAGACCAGGAGGCAGAUACUCAUUCAGCGGUGGAGCUGACGACAGAGGUCGACCCAUCAGGGCUGCAGUUGAAACGCCUCCUUUCCCUCUCUUUCAACCUCCCCCACUCGAAGAAUCUCCUUCCGAGUUGGAGCCAGCAGAUCCUGAUUUCUACAAGAUUGGGUAUGUUCGAAGUACAAGAGCAUAUGGCAUUGAAUUUAAGGAAGGUCCAGAUGGAUUUGGGGUUUAUGCUUCCAAAGAUGUGGAACCACUUCGACGUGCCAGGGUAAUCAUGGAAAUUCCUUUAGAGUUGAUGUUAACUAUAAGGCAGAAACUCCCGUGGAUGUUUUUCCCUGAUAUAGUGCCAAUAGGUCAUCCAAUAUUUGAUAUUAUCAACUCAACUAAUCCAGAGACAGAUUGGGAUCUCAGGUUAGCAUGCCUUCUUUUGUACGCAUUUGAUCGGGAAGAUAACUUUUGGCAACUAUACGGUGACUUCUUACCCAGUGCAGAUGAGUGCACCAGCUUGCUUCUAGCUACUGAGGAUGAUCUUUUGGAGCUUCAAGAUCCAGAUCUUGCUUCGACUAUGAGACAACAACAACAACGUGUCUUAGAGUUUUGGGAAAAGAAUUGGCAUUCUGGUGUGCCACUCAAAAUUAAACGACUUGCUUGUGAUCCUGAGAGAUUCAAGUGGGCAGUAAGUAUAGCACAAUCACGGUGCAUAAACAUGCAAAUUAGAGUUGGUGCACUAGUUCAAGAUGCCAAUAUGCUAAUUCCUGCAGACAUGCUGAACCAUUCCUUUGAACCAAAUUGUUUUUUCCAUUGGCGCUUCAAGGAUCGCAUGCUUGAAGUGAUGAUAAAUGCUGGACAGCGGAUAAAAAAGGGAGACGAGAUGACCAUCAAUUACAUGCCUGGACAGAAGAAUGACAUGCUUAUGCAACGAUAUGGCUUUUCGUCAUCUGUGAAUCCUUGGGAUGUAAUCCAGUUCUCUGGUGAUGCACGUAUUCAUUUGGAUUCCUUCUUGUCAGUUUUUAAUAUAUCUGGUCUUCCUGAACAAUAUUAUCACAACAGUCACUUAUCUAAUGAUGGAGAUACUUUUGUUGAUGGAGCUGUCAUAGCUGCAGCAAGAACUUUGCCCACUUGGUCAGAUGGGGAUUUGCCUCCAGUUCCUAGCAUGGAGAGGAAAGCCGUGAAGGAGUUACAGGAAGAAUGCCAACAGAUGCUUGCCAAAUUUCCUACUACUUCUGAGCAAGACCAGAAAUUGUUGGAAUCUAUGCCAGAUUCCAGGAGGAUACUUGAAACUGCAAUAAAGUAUAGAAUGCACCGCAAGUUAUUGAUAGAGAAGAUCAUAAGAGCAUUGGAUAUUUAUCAGGAUCGAAUAUUGUUUUAGUCAAGAAUUCUGUUUACUAGAAACAGCUUUAUUUCAUAGCUAAUGCCCUAUAAAAAAUCAUCAUUCAAUCGUUAGUUCUUUGCAGAUUCUAAUGUAUCUUAAUACCCUAGAUAUGGCAUGAAAAGGUAGUUCUUCUUUGAACA